AUGGCCGGGUCAGCAACAAGCGCAGACGCAGACCCCUUCACCACUCUGCGUUCCUUGCUACGCCCCGAUGAGAUAAUCACUCCACAAUCCCCGGACUAUAAGGCAAGCAUCCAGACCUGGGCAGCCCAGAAGCAGGCACACCCCCCUCUAGCCAUCCGGCCCACCUCGGUCGAAGCCCUGAGCAAGGCCAUCGCCUAUUUGUACGCCACGAGCCUGGACUUUGCGAUCUACGGACAGGGAUUCAGCUCUGCCUCAGCCAAGGACGUCGUGGUGAAUACCUCGGCGUUCGAUGACUUCCACUUUGAUCCGCAAGCCGAGGUAGUCACCAUUGGUGCUGGUCAGCCGUGGUCCGCUGUCUAUCGCAAGCUCGCUGAGACGGCGCCAGAAUACGCAAUCGUAGGAGCUCGCACGCCUUGCGUUGGCGUCGCUGGAACUAUCGUCAGCGGUGGCUUUUCGUGGCUUUCCAGCGAAUGCGAAGGUCGUCAAAUACGACGCUCGGUAGUCUGGGCGUCUACAGAGCCGGAGUUGCUCUGGGCCCUGCGUGGUGGCGGGGGCGGCUUUGGUGUGCUGGCUCAGGUCAAGCUCCGAGUCUUCCGCUACCCGCAGAAUAUCUGGGCAGGCCCGAUCCUGGUCCCUCGCGAGAGACUGGAGGAUGUCGCCGAGGGUAUUGAGAGAUUCCUGGUAGGACCGGUCGAUCCCAAGAUCACGAUGUUCAUGUACGUGGUGAAGGGCCGGCUGCUUGAGUCGAUUGGCACCGACUCGGAUAUGCUGGUGAUCCAUACCUUCGACGCGAAUGGGGAAGAGCACGGUCGAAAGGCGUUUCGGUGGGCGCUGGACAUUCCCGGGGCUAUUGACCAGACCAAGAUUACUACCCUCGCCGGUGUUGCUAACUUGCAAGAGAAGGUCUGUAUCGUCAAAGGCUCCAUGAAACAGUUCUGGCAGCCGUUGCUGGUGCAGGAGAUAUCGAAAGAGACCGUCAUCAAAGCGAUUAAAUGGUUCGAGGAGAUCCACAAGAUCGACGGGUCGCUGGGGGAUUGUACCUAUCUUAUUUUUGAGCUACUGUGCUCGCGCGAUCUGGCCGGGGGCAGUUCGAGCUCUGCCUGGCCACGACCCAAGGGUGGGAAGCAUAUUCUGCUCAUCGGUGCCGGAUGCCCUGCAGAUGCUGGGCCAAGCAAAGAGAAGCUGGCUCGCGAUCUAGCUAUCGAAGCUCCAUCCAAGCUCUUAGAAAACAGUACCGACGUCCAUGUGCUACCCAAUGGUUUCGAGGACUAUCAUGAUCCGACCAAGAUCUGGGGCCCUCAUGUUGCCAAGCUACAGAGUUUGAGAGUUCAAUACGACCCUCGUGGGAGAUUCAAGGGGGCCGUGAAUCCGUAG